AUGAGUCAAGACAUUAAUAGAUUAACUGUUGAUGGAGUAGUUCCACUAAUAGCAACAGUAGAUGUGGGGACUACAUCAUCUCGUGCAAUUCUGUUUAACAGAUUAGGUCAAGAGGUUUCUAAACACCAAAUUGAAUACUCUACUACUGCAUCUAAGGAAAAGUACGGUGCAUCUGGUAAGCGCAGGCCAUCAUUUGAUCGGAAUCCUGAUGAUCCUAUCUUCACUGCUGAAGGUAUUGCAAUUAAAGAGACAAAAUAUGUGGAGAUCGAAGAUUUGAAGCAACCAGAUCCAACUUUAAGGUUCCCACGUCCUGGAUGGGUAGAAUGCAAACCAAUUAAUAUUUUGGAAAAUGUUGAAGAAUGUCUAGCAAAGGCUUUUUCAUUUGUAUGGUCUGUUAAUGAACAAAGACAACAAGAUGGAUUACCACCUUACAGAGUACACGCAAUGGGUAUUGCCAAUAUGAGAGAAACUACUAUUGUUUGGUCAAAGGAGACUGGGUUACCGGUUGUCGAUUAUGGUAUUGUGUGGAAUGAUACUAGAAAUGCAGGUAUUGUGGCAGAAAUGAAGAAAAAUACACCAAAGGAGAAACAAGAAAGGUUGCAAGAAAAAAUCGGGUUGCCGCUGUACAGUACAUAUUUUUCAUGUUCCAAAUUACGUUGGCUUUUGGACAAUGAACCAGCUGUACAAAAGAGUUAUGGAGAAGGUGAUUUGAUGUUUGGUACUGUAGAUACUUGGUUAAUUUAUCAUUUAACUCACAACCAUGCAUUUAUUUCUGAUGUUACUAAUGCGUCACGUACUGGUUUUAUGAAUUUGGAUACUUUAGAUUAUGACGAUGAAUUAUUGAGCUAUUGGGGGAUUGAUAAGACAAAGAUCAACUUACCUAGGAUUACGUCAUCGGCCGAAUACUUUGGAGAUUUUAAAGUUCCUGAAGUUACUAAAAGUUGGAUGGAUCCUAGUGAUUGGGAUAUUCUAGAAAAAUUAUCAAAUAGAGGACCGCCAAUUCCAGUGCAAGGUUGCCUAGGUGACCAAUCAAGUUCUCUUGUUGGUCAAUUGGCCUUUAAACCAGGUGCAGCUAAAUGUACCUAUGGUACAGGUUGUUUCUUACUGUUUAAUACUGGUUCUAAGAAAUUAAUUUCUAAACAUGGUGCUUUGACGACAUUUGGUUACUGGUUUCCUCAUUUAGAAGGUGAUGAUAAGAAUUCUCCACAUUUUGCGCUUGAAGGUUCUGUCGCAGUUGCAGGUGCGGUCGUCCAGUGGUUAAGAGAUAAUUUGAGAUUAAUUCCAAAGGCUGAAGAUGUCGGACCCUUAGCAUGCCGUGUACCUGAUUCUGGUGGUGUUGUAUUUGUUCCUGCGUUUUCUGGAUUGUUUGCACCAUAUUGGGAUGCUGAUGCUAGGGCUACUAUUAUGGGUAUGUCUCAACAUACCACUGCGUCUCAUAUUGCAAGAGCCGCUGUCGAAGGUGUUUGUUUCCAAGCGCGUGCUAUUUUAUCUGCAAUGUCUGCUGAUGCCCUUGGUGAAGGUAAAAGGGACAAAGAAUUUUUGAAUGAAAUGGAAGAUGAUUCUGAGGAGAAAAGUGCACUUUCAACAUUAGCGGUUGAUGGUGGUAUGUCAAAAUCUGAUGAAGUUAUGCAAAUUCAAGCAGAUAUUUUAGGCCCAUGUACUAAAGUAAGGAGAUCUCCAACUUCAGAGUGUACUGCACUAGGCGCAGCUAUUGCAGCAGAAAUGGGAUUUAAAGAUCCAAAGGAUAGAAUUAUGUGGAAAGAUCUAAAGGAUGUCAAAAAAUGGGUUUUCUAUAAUGGAAUUCCUAAAGGUGAAGCUGUUCCAGCAGAAUUAAUGCCAAAUCUUAAACUGUUCGUUUCCGAUAGUGAUGAUGCAGAAAGAAGACACAAGAGGAGAUUAUGGGAUAUUGCAGUUCGGAGAACAAGAGGUUGGAUGGCUGCAGUUUAUCCACCAAAUUCCAAUGUAAACGAAGGUUUCCAAACAGAUGGAUUAGCUGUGGAAUCACCAGCGGUUCAACCUGAAAAUUCGCCAUUUAUCCCUCCAAAGCAUGAAAAUUUGGAAAGAGAAAUGCACAGGAAAGAAUUAAGAAAGCAACGAAAUGCUUUGAAGGUCUGA